AUGUCCACGCCAAGAAAGGAAAAAAUGAACCUUCUUAGCUUUCUCUUCCUGGCAUCCAUGGUGGCAAAGAGCGGUCAGCUGACCUGCCAGGGUGACCUUCGCCGUCCAGAAUACACUGACAUCUCAGUCGAAUGUGGCACGUCCUCGAUUAGCUUGGCUAUCCAAAUCUGCCCUGUCAUCUACACCGGCUACAAUGAGUCUCUGCUCAUCCUCAACCACAUGUUUGACAGGCCAGAUUGUAAAGGAACCUUGGACGAAUCCGCCACCCCGCCUGUUGUCAGGUUCACCUUCCCCAUCAACAUGACUAAUGCUUGUGGCAGCAGCUUCCUGACCACCAGUGCAGCUGGCACGGGGAUCUUUGCUGACUUCUCCAACAUCCAGACGGUUAAUGUCAGUGGUGUGGUGCGUUCACACGAUCCAACCACGGGAGUAGUCACCUAUAACGCUGAGCUCAAAUAUUAUUAUUCCUGUGCUUACCCUCUGGAGUAUCUCAUCAACAACACCCAGGUGGAAGUGUCAGCAUCUUCCAUUGCAGUGAGGGACAACAAUGGGAGCUUCAUCAGUACUUUGAGUAUGGAACUCUUCAGUGAUAUUAACUACACCACUCCUCUGGUCAUCCCGCGGCUGGGCUUAGAGCUGAGGACCAACGUUUAUGUCCAGGUCCAAGCAGCCAACCUGACUGAUCAGUACCACGUCCUCAUGGACCGAUGCUAUGCUUCCAUCUCUCCUUAUCCCACCAACUCCACCUUCUUCAACCUGUUUGUCUCGUGCUCCCGGGACCAGAUGACCACCAUGCAUGAGAACGGGGACAGUCACCACGCCCGCUUCUCCUUCUCUGCCUUCAGGUUCCUUGAACAGCAGAACCAGACGGUUUCCACCUACUACCUCCACUGUAUCACCAGACUCUGUGAAAUCAGCACCUGCAAUGACUUCAAGCAAUGUAACAGCAGGAGGAAAAGAGAUGUUGAUUCCACUGGUGUUUCUGAAGCCACCACUCUGUCCUCAGCAGUUCCCAUUGUCACCAGAAAUGAGAAUUCAGCGGCGUCCAGCAGUGACUCGGACUCCAGGAUGGGUCUCGGGAUAGCCGUGGGCGUCCUCACUCUGGCCGUCGUCGUGGUUCUGACUGCAGCAGUUGUCCUCUACAGAAGAGCCAGACACUGUUAA